AUGAGCCAUUGUAAGAGGCUGGUGACUGCCAGUUUCUUCCCUGCCUCCGUCGGUUCCAGGUCUCACAGAAUGGGUUUCGCUAAGGCCUUCUUAUUUCUCUGCCUCACUGUGAUUGUUUCGUCUGAACCCGUCCAAUACAAACCUUGUUACUAUACUGGUAAAAGCGGGAAGCUUUGUACUGUAUCAGAUGUUAAAAUUGAACCAUGCCCGGAAGCUGCUAAAAAUGAGCCUUGCAAAAUCAAAAGGGGAGAGUAUGCAUCAAUUGCAUUCAAGUAUAAAAUAGAAUAUGAACCAGUAGAACCAUUGAAAACUCGAGCUUAUUGGGCCACAGUACUUGCAGAUUUGCCAUUUGUUGGUAUGGAUACUGAUUUAUGCAAACAUACAGAAUGCCCUGUUGUUAAGAAUGUAGACAAACAGUUCAAUUAUACUUUAGAUAUUUCAAAGUCUUUUCCUGCUCAAAAAUUUGAUGUUAAAUGGAAGAUUUGGGAAGAAAAAGCAGGACCUGAGAAGGAAUGCUGUUUUAUGUUCAAGAUGAAGCUUGUUUGA